AUCAACUUAGUUCCGUCACAAAUCUGGCCAGUAGAAGCACGUCAACUAAUAUCGAAUCUUGCCUAGCAGGUCAUAAUAACGAACAAGAUAUUAUUCAUACUAAUAAUUGCAAUAACUCAUUCGUCAACACUACUAAACUAACAAAUGGCUCAUAUCCAAAUUAUAAAUCCAACUUUAAACAAGGGCAACAAUUUAUGUACAACAAUAACUCUCAAGAGGAUAAUAAUGGGGAAGAAGAUGAUGUUGUUCCUUUGAGACAUUUCGUGCCAGGCUCUAUAGCAGAGCGUGAAUAUAAGAAAUGGAACAAUGCAGUUGAAAUGCCAAAUAAUCCAUAUACUCCGGACGCUUUAAAACGUAGGAUUAGUGGCAGCCAGGAGCGUUUUAUAGAUUUACCAAAUAUAAGCUCAAGCACGAAUAAAAGUGUAAUAACUGUAAAAGCAGAAGACGAUGAAGAGAACGAAAGCACUAGUAAUAUUGGUUACAAGAGAUAUAGCCGUGAUUACUAUAUAAACGCUGACAGUACUCCAAAAGCCAGUCCUAAUCAUCAAAAUCCCCGAAAUGAUAAACGCAAACGACUUUGUUCUGGAUACAGUGAUGAGCUCAUAGAAGAUACGUUCACCAAAGAGAGUAUAAGUCAAGGCAACGAAAUAAUUGCAAAAGAAACCCCUGUUGUUAUCCACCCAACGGUAUACCUCGCACUUCCCGCACAAGUGGUGGAAGAAAGCGCCUCCUUUGAAACGCUGUCAAAUCAGUCUAUGAAUUCGGCAAAUACUACAACCAGUGACGACUCGGACACAAUACGCAUUUAUGAUUUCAAGAAACAGACAACAAUCAUCGUCCACAACGAUGAUAAGCCGUCGACGACAGAUAUAACCAUCACAACUUCAGAUUCUGUGGAGCCUUUUCCAGCGACAACCAAAUGCGCAUUAACAAAAGAUGCGCUGGCGAGAUCUAAAAAAAUUGAUGAAUAUAAAGAGUUAUAUCCUAGAGAGAUAUUGUUAGAAGCGAAACCCGCUGAAACUUGUGUAUCAACCCUGGCUUCAGGCCCCACACCAAAGGCAUUCAAAUUUCUACAGCCGAAACGAAGAUUAAUAGAUCCCAGCCAGGUGUUGCCAUUAGAGGAGGAAGCGCCUGGGCUCUCUUUUGGCGAAAAGGCGGUCGUUGAGGAGGAGGUGGCACAAGUUAUGCCUUCUGUAAAAGCUUUGGCGCAAGCGUUUCUUCUGAGUUCAAAUAAAUGUUCUCAAGCCGAAAAGCGAUGGAAAAAAGGGAUCCAAAAAAUGCCUUCUACAGCUGUUAAACUCAACAACCCGCCGACAACACAGACGGAAAAUAUGGUAACAGCUCCGGAAAUGACAGAAGACGCUACUAUUGCAUCAGAUUUAUCGUCACUAGAAACCGAUCCUUCAGCAAAUAUGGAUAUUUUAACCAACAAAACGAAAACAUCUUCUCCAGAGCGCACCGCUAACUAUGAGGAUAACAACAAUAAAAAUACCACAAAUAUGUUACGCCGUGUUAGUAUGCUGAAAAGUAAUAUUGCUUUCUUUGAGAAUUUAAAGUUUAAGUAAACAUUGCUCUUAAGUCUAAAACUCCUGAAGUUUCACAGCUGGUUGGAAACUAUUUUGCAAAACUAAAUAUGUUUGCCAAUUACUGCUACACAUCGUUAUAUUGUAUGUAGAUAUGUUUUACGUCUGUACAUACGUACUAUAUAUUUAUCAAUAUAUUUGUAUGCCUGAAUAUAGAAAUACAAAUAUAUUGAUAAAUCAGUGCCAUUGAAUCAGCUUCUGUUUCUGAUUAGUUCUUGUUGGUUACGAAUUGUCAAUUGAAAGUAUUAUUUAGGUUAUCGUAUUUAAAAUAAAUUUGCUUAUUGGAUUAAUAAUUAAAUGUAGUUAAAUAAUUAUACCAAAUAAAACUUAACUUAAUUCCGAAUUAUAAA